UUUCAAUUUAUUAUAAAAUAACAAAAACAAAAAUCUAUAUCUUUUCUAUGUACUUUCUCCUAGUUUUGUCCAUGUUCUCAAUUCCACAUAUUUUCAAAACCCUUUGUUUCUCUCUCUAAAUCUUUGAAAUUUUUGAAGAAGCUUUAAAUUUGUUGGUAGCAAAUAGGAAAUUGUUUCUGCUACUAUGGUAGAUGUCAUUAAAAAACAUGAUGAGAAUGAAGGAGAUGACUUAUAUACGGAAGAUGGAACGUUGGACAUUCGCAAAAGACCUGCCAACAAGAAAAAGACGGGAAAUUGGAAAGCAUGCAGCUUUAUUCUCGGAAAUGAAUGUUCUGAAAGAUUGGCUUACUAUGGCAUGAGUACAAACUUGGUGAACUAUCUUCAUGACCAAUUCGGACAAAAUAACGCAACUGCUGCAAAAAACGUCAACACAUGGUCCGGGACAUGUUAUAUCACACCAUUGCUUGGAGCCUUUUUGGCUGAUUCGUACUUGGGAAGAUACUGGACAAUUGCUAGUUUUUCGUGUAUCUAUGUCAUUGGAAUGGCGCUUUUAACGUUUUCUGCAAUUGCGCCUGGAUUGAAGCCACCAUGUGAUGCUGAUGGUUGCCAUCCUACAGGAGGACAAACUGCAGCCCUCUUUAUAGCACUCUACUUGAUUGCUCUUGGAACCGGCGGCAUCAAACCAUGUGUUUCAUCUUUUGGUGCUGACCAAUUUGACGAUAACGACGAGGCUGAGAAGAAAAAGAAAAGUUCUUUUUUCAAUUGGUUUUACUUCGCAAUCAAUAUUGGCGCGCUCAUUGCCUCGUCGGUGUUGGUUUGGAUUCAGAUGAAUGUGGGAUGGGGAUGGGGCUUCGGAGUACCUGCAGUUGCAAUGGUUAUCGCGAUUAUAUUUUUCUUCAUCGGAAGUCAAUGGUAUAGACUUCAAAUACCUGGUGGAAGUCCCAUUACAAGGAUUUGUCAAGUUUUAGUUGCGUCAUUUAGGAAACACGGGCUAAAAGUUCCAGAUGAAAAGUCUCUUUACGAGACUGCGGAUGCAGAGUCUAAUAUCAAAGGCAGCCGCAAACUUGAACAUACAGAUGAAUUGAAGUGUUUGGAUAAGGCAGCGGUAGUGACAGAAUCCGACCAGACUAAAGACGUUCCGAGUCCAUGGAGGCUUUGCACCGUAACGCAGGUUGAGGAGCUCAAAUCGGUUAUCCGAAUACUUCCCGUUUGGGCAUCACUGAUAGCCUUCGCAACAGUCUACAGUCAAAUGGGAACAAUGUUUGUGUUACAAGGCAACACAAUGGAUCAACACAUUGGCCCUAAGUUCGAAAUUCCAUCGGCAUCCCUCUCCCUUUUCGACACUCUAAGUGUCAUCUUCUGGGCUCCAGUCUACGACCGCAUCAUUGUCCCCUUUGCAAGAAAGUACACCGGCCAUGAACACGGAUUCACACAACUUCAACGUAUAGGAAUCGGCCUAGUCAUCUCCAUCUUCUCCAUGAUUGUGGCCGGCAUUCUAGAAGUCGUCCGUCUUGACAUAGUUCGAAAAAACAACUACUACGAACUCAAAACCAUCCCCAUGUCGAUCUUCUGGCAAGUACCGCAGUAUUUCCUCAUUGGUGCAGCCGAAGUCUUCACAAAUAUCGGUCAAAUGGAGUUCUUUUACGGCGAGUCACCUGAUGCAAUGAGAAGUUUGUUAUCUGCGCUUUCACUAACAACUAAUGCAUUGGGAAAUUAUGUGAGUACAUUGCUUGUUAUUAUUGUGACUAAAGUUACUACGAGAAAUGGAAAUGUUGGUUGGAUACCAGAUAAUAUGAAUAGGGGUCAUCUCGAUUAUUUCUACUGGCUUUUAACCAUUCUUAGUAUGGCCAACUUCAUUGUAUAUCUAUGGAUUGCCAAGAGGUAUACAUACAAAAAAGUGUCAAGAAAUACUGAUUGAGGAGUUGAAGCUUUGAUUGAAAAAUAAAGUAUUGAGAUUUAAUAAACAGUACAUAUGAUUAAAUCUCAGAUGUUUAUGAUAUGGUGUCUCAUUUUAGUCUCUUUUAAGCUUAAGGUGGAUUUUGUAGUCUAUGAUUAAGAUCCUAACAAUUGAACAGUUGAAAUAUGUUGUGUUGAUCUUUUGGUUCAUCUGUACAAUCCUUGUCAGUCAAUCUUAAAUUGUAUAACUGUUUGGAAAAUAUUUGUCUAGUUAAUGCCUU